UGCGGCUCUGCCCGAGGAGAGCUUUCACCGCCGAGUCAAACAGAUUUUUGGAUCCAAGAUGGCCGCCGCAGAGCGCCCAGUUUCUCUCAGUAUGUAUCGCUAGCUUUACACAUAAAAGAACCUCUAUUAAGAACCUCAGCUAAGGAAAACGAUGAUCUAUUUUGAGAGCGGGACAUGAAUUUGAAUGUUAAGCCGCUUGGGAGCAGGCAGCGAGGUAAGAAAAGGCUAGGUUGGGAGGGGAGACUUUGGCGUUGACGCAUGUGGACAGCGUGGACACUGCGGUGGAGGCUGAAUGGCGGAAACAGGCGGCAGGUGCAGCGCAGACCAGAGCACAUCACAGGGAGUCAAGCCGCACUACAGAAGGACUGCUCACCCGAAGAUAAUGUAAAUGUGUUCCUGUAAGAAACUGCUGAAAUGACUCGUGUGCAGCUUGCUUGUGUUUUCGGGCACCCAUGAGCAGCCACGCGCUGCCUGCCAAUUAGAGCGCGAGACCUAAAGACACACGAAGGCGAAGUUGGGGAAAAUGCCGGCGUGUACUACUACUAAGCUGUUUGGACUGAAUAGGUACCAAAUGUAUAUUCAUAUCGCCGAAUGGAGCCACAUUGGUGUGUUAUAACUAGGUGAACGUGUUAACAGAGAUGGAGGAAUAUAAAGGCAGGUUGUUACACCUUCGUAACGCAUCAUAAAACCGGAGGGCAGCAAAUACCGGCUGGGAAUGCAGGAAGACUGGACUAGUGAUGCUCUGGAAAUGCAGAAUACUCAUUCGGUAAACGCGAGAGAGAUCCAGGGAUGACCGUCGACGAAACCCAGAAUAGAAAAGAAGCGUGUUUUGGUGCGUUUGGACACAUGUUAAAGACGAACGAGGAAUACUCGAGCUAAACGAAUGAAGACAAACGCCAAGACAGGACGAAUCAUUCAAUCUGGACUGAUUUUUAAUCCGAAUCAGCAGAGACUGUUGGUGCAGUGAAACAGAUUCCAGUCAUGUGUAAGUGACAGGUAGGUUAUAGGGCAGUCGAAGUGAUGCAUCGAGCAUCCAGAUGUUCCACUGUAUGAGACUGCAGUGCAUGAACAUAGGAUGUGCACACUGAGAGCAGUGUUCCAUGCUUUCAGGACACAGCACAUAUUAACACAGAGGACUCGAAUGAUUUAGAGACCGACGGCGAAGAGGCCAAGAGAGAAGAGAGAAGAGCAGAGUCCCAUUAAGACAUGCGCACAUCAUGCAAUUUUGCACUGCGGUCUAAAGGUUCAACUUUUGUAAAUCCCCCCUCCCCUUUCCUGAGAAUCUCUGGGGGAAUGGCUCAGCGAGAAAAUGUCUCCCAACCUCUUCUCCACGCUAUGAGUCAUGAAGGCUCUGUGGCGAGCAAGCAUCUGCACUGCUGCGACAUUUGACAUUCAGCUCCACGCUGGAGAAGGGAAGGAGACGCCAAUAUGUGCUGGAGACACAGAUGAAAGCAAGACUAUUUCACUUUCUUACUUUCGUCACACUCUGCUAUCGGAGUCGGACAGGCUGGUAAGAUUACUGAAUCGUUGACUUGCAGAGAGGAAAUGCAUUUAUCUCAACAGAUGUCUUGUCUAAGUAGUUGCGUGGUGAACCCAAUGAAAGGUUGAGCAUCUGCUGACUCAGACAUUCCCAUCCAUUUUCUUCUAUGUUUAUGCAAAUUAGCGUCUUGGCUCAUCAAACGAUUCAGACACUUUGACUCGAAUUAUUCUUCUUGUCGUUAAGGGAAUACAAUAGGAGAGUAAAAACAGUGUGUAUCUGUUCAAUUCCUCUCCAACAGCCAGCACUUAGUUCGCUCACUCUCCCCCCCCACUAGCAUCACGUGGGGGGGAGAGCUCUCAUAUUUGGGGUGAUUGUAAUCCCAUAGCUCCAUCAAUCCAGCAGUGAACAGCUGUUCCGAGGUACAAGGUUCCUUAAGCAUGGACACGGGCCAGGGCAGCCCGGAGAGCCCUAAUCGGGCUGUGGAGUACCUGUUGGAGCUCAACAACAUCAUCGAAAGCCAGCAGAAGUUGCUGGAGACACAGCGGCGACGUAUUGAGGAGCUGGAGGUGCAGUUGGACCGCCUCAACCAGGAGAACAAGGACCUCCGGCUGGACAGGCAGCCAUGUCCACCACCACCACCACCACCGCCGCCACUAGGGGCCUCCAACCAGACCCAUGGGCACCAUUCACAUGUGCAGAACUCCGCCACUGUGUACCCCAUCCAGAGCCACAACAACGUGCCGGGCCCUAACCCUACAUCUGCCGCGGCUCCUCCUCCCCCUCCUCCGCCCGUGCCUCCACGCGACCGGCGUAUCGUCAAUGCACACACACGCCUCAGCCGUGGCCUGUCCACUGGGUCCAACCCAACAGAAAAUGAGAGGGACAGAGAGCGACACAGAGAGAGCGUCAGCACCGGCACGGCCACCACUCUGCAGAGACAUGUGGAAGGGGAUCCUCACUGUGGGGACACAAGCAGUUUCUCAGACAGCUCCUGCAGUCAGGUCCCGUACCUGGGCAUUUCGGACCGAUACAUCAAGGCUACAGGAGAGCCUUUGGGCUCCCAGGGGCCUCCUGUGGCCCCUCCAAGCCCAGCGAGCCUGGCCUGGGCCCAGCGCACACGCCUCCAGCCUGCCAGCCUGGCUCUGCGUAAGCAGGAAGAGGAGGAGAACAAACGCUGCAAAGCACUCUCAGACAGCUAUGAGCUCUCCACAGACCUGCAGGAUAAGAAGGUGGAGAUGCUGGAGAAGAAAUAUGGUGGUUCCUUCUUGAGCAGACGAGCAGCACGCACCAUCCAGACCGCUUUCCGGCAGUACCGCAUGAAUAAGAACUUUCAGCGGCUGCGUAGCUCCGCCUCAGAAAACCGCAUGACGCGCCGUAUUAUCCUCUCUAACAUGCGCAUGCAGUACUCGUUUGACGAGCGCCAGCCGCAGAUGCAGCCUCAAACCCCCCAACAACAGCAGCAGCUCUACCCUCCUCGUCAUCCCUCUUCUCUGGCCAUGGCCGGCCAGCAGAGUUCGGCUGACACAGAGCAGGAGACAGAAUCACCUUCACACUGCCCUUCUGACCGGGAGGAUUACUCACAUGCAGACGAUGCCUUUACCAAACAAGUGACAUCACUGGCAGACUCCAUGGAUGACACUCUAACAUGUCAGUCUGGCCGUGGCGACUCCCAGGAGGGUGAUGGUGGAGGCGAAGUUGAGGAUUUCAGUGAGUGUGUCUGGAGCAGCAAGAUCCCAUCUCGACGUGGAGUACCAACGAGUGAGCGAGAGCGGACAGCGGGGACACUCGGGGGCAUGCACGAGGACAGUACAGCCACAUCCUACAGUGACGUAACUCUCUACAUGGAAGACGGCGUGCCUUCAUCUCCACUUUCCAUGGAACGUGCACCCAGCAGUACUGACACUGAGUACUGGGGGCUAGGCGGCACAGCAGUAGGACGUGAGGACAGUCGAGAUGCAGAGGGUGGAGGCAGCAGCAACAGCCGGCGCAGCACACCAUGCACCGAGUGCCGUGACCAUCGGCUCCGUGGUGCCCACCUUCCCGUUCUGACUAUCGAGCCGCCCAGUGACAGCUCUGUGGACAUGAGUGACCGUUCGGACCGAGGCUCCCUCAGCAGGCAGUUGCUGUAUGAGCAGGAACCAGCAGGAGGCGGAGGGGGAGGAGGUGGAGGUUCACCCCAGGGAACUCUCAAACACAACCCAGCCCAGGGCCAGACUCGCCCUAUGGGUCGUCCUAUUCCUUCACCCCUCCCCACACACAUACCACCACACCAUGCAAUCCUGCUGCACCAGCAGCACCACCCACACCUCCAUCACCCGCUGCAGCACCAUCACCACCACCCACUGGCCCAUCUUCAUCACCCGUACCCGGACUCAUCUGUAUCACCUUCCCAACCCCCACUGACGCCGCUCUCCUCCACCUCAUCAGCGCAGCUGCCUUCUACUGGCCUGGAGCCAUCUGAUGGCGACAACGACUCUCUUAACUCCACCACCAACUCCAAUGAGACGAUUAACUGCAGCUCUGGCUCGUCCUCCCGGGACAGCUUGAGGGAACCGCUACCCGCACUCACCAAGCAGACCUACCAGAGAGAGAGCCGCCACAGCUGGGACUCACCCGCAUUUAACAACGACGUGGUGCAGCGAAGGCAGUACCGCAUUGGUCUCAACCUUUUCAACAAGAAGCCGGAGAAGGGCAUCCAGUACCUGAUAGAGAGGGGCUUUAUGUCUGACACCCCAGUGGGCAUUGCACGCUUUAUCCUGGAGAGGAAAGGCUUGAGUCGUCAGAUGAUCGGGGAGUUCCUGGGCAACCGACAGAAGCAGUUCAACAAGGACGUGCUGGAUUGUGUGCUGGAUGAGAUGGAUUUCUCUGGAAUGGAUUUGGAUGAUGCCCUGCGCAAGUUCCAGGCUCAGAUUAAGGUCCAAGGAGAAGCACAGAAAGUGGAGAGGCUGGUGGAAGCCUUCAGUCAGAGGUACUGUGUGUGUAACCCUGCGUUGGUGCGGCAAUUCCAGAACCCUGACACCAUCUUCAUCCUGGCCUUUGCAAUCAUCCUUCUCAACACAGACAUGUACAGCCCUAACGUCAAACCAGAGAGGAAGAUGAAGCUGGAUGACUUCAUCAAGAACUUAAGAGGGGUGGAUAAUGGACAGGACAUCCCGAGGGACCUGUUGGUAGGAAUCUACCAUCGUAUCCAGAAGUGGGAGCUGAGGACCAAUGAUGAUCAUGUGUCUCAAGUGCAGGCAGUGGAGAGAGUGAUUGUGGGCAAAAAGCCAGUGCUCUCUCUACCCCACCGCAGACUGGUGUGCUGUUGCCAGCUUUAUGAGGUUCCUGAUCCUAACAGGCCACAGCGGAGUGGGGUUCAUCAAAGAGAAGUCUUUCUCUUUAAUGACCUACUGGUGGUCACAAAGAUCUUCCAGAAGAAGAAGACAUCAGUGACAUACAGUUUCAGACAGUCUUUUCCUCUAGUGGAGAUGCAGGUUCACAUGUUCCAAAACUCCUACUAUCCUCAUGGGAUUCGGUUAACCUCAGCCAUCCCAGGAGGGGAGCGUAAGGUCCUGAUUGUCUUCACAGCACCGAGUCAGCAAGAUCGGACACGUUUUGUCAGUGACCUGAGAGAGAGCAUUGCUGAAGUGCAAGAUAUGGAAAAAUAUCGAGUAGAGUCGGAGCUAGAGAAGCAGAAAGGCGUUAUGCGGCCUGGGCUCAUGAGUGGAGAAGUGAGUGGUGGGGUGGAUGGAAUAAAGACUGAGGCAGUGAAUGGCACUCUGGGUAGGCCCAGCCUCGAUGACACAUAUGCCACAGGGGAUGGGCUUAAGCGCACAGCGCUCAGCUCAUCACUCAGAGAUCUCUCAGAGACAGGAAAGCGGGGUCGGAGAAACAGUGUGGGCUCUUUGGAUAGUACCAUUGAAGGAUCCAUCAUUAACAGCCCACGGCCUCACCAGCGUCUGCCUAUGGGGGGCGCUCUUCCCAGCUGCUACGGGCUGGAAGACUACCGGCCUCACCGCCCCAUCCUGAGCCCCGGGAUAGGGGUGGGGGGUGGGCCGGGGCAGUUACACAACGCCGUAGGGAACGCUGGGGCAGGAGUGCUCCCCAACACUGGCGACCGAGGGUCCGGAGGGGGCAGCUCCGGCUCCUUCCUGGGUUCUCUGUUUGGCAACAAGCGUGCCAAACCCCCGGCCCCACUUAUUCCUCCAGGGCCACCGUAUCCUGCUCCCGUGGCCCCGCCUACUACCGGGGGCCCGCCUCCUCCCUCACCUUCCGCUCUCAGUCAAUCCGACCUCGGCGGGCCCUCCAAGAUCCAGGCGCUGCACGCACAGUAUUGCCACAACAAUAUCGGCCCACCUCCACCUCCAUACCACCACCAUCAGCACCAUCGUUACCACGUACAGCUCUCGGCCGCUGGCCAUCCACACACUAUGCAUCACACUCUGCAGCGCAGCUCACUUCCCCGCCGUGGUUCACCCAUACCCUCUCACGCUCCACUUCAGCAGCAGCACUCCCAUCAUAUCGUGCAUCAGCACGGCCGCCAUUCCAGCGUGGGCUGCACCCCUCCUCCGUUGUCUCCUCAUUCACCACAUUCGCCCAUCAACCCAUUCAGCUUCUUCCACACUCACACCCCACUGCCCCAUCCCGCCAAGCUGCCACUGACACUGUCUCACUCUCAGCCCCACCCCCACCCUCACGGCCAUUCCCACGCUCUCUCUCAUACCCACAGUCACGCCGGCCACAUCCACAGUCCCCAUCCACUACUGCAUCAUUCCACCCAUCAACCUCACUUUGUGUUCGCCCCGCCUCCACAGGCCCCAUCCACCAUCACAGCACGUCACGUGCCGCAGGCCCCCUCACACUACCUGCCUCAGUACCCACCUCUGUCCUCCAUCCCGCCUCCUCCGCCGCACUCGCCUUUACCCCCUCCUACCUCCCCCCUCACCCCUCUUACACCGCUUACACCUCUCUCGCCGCUGCCACCACAGGUGGUCAACCAGGGGCCGGGAGCAGGAAGCACAGGGGGCAGCGCCAGCACGACCGGCAGCUCCAAGUCAAAGCCCAUCAGCCGUAUCAGUACAGUGGUGUGAGACGUGGCACAGCUCGCAGGGCAAGAGUUCACCGAAGGAGGAGCCGAAGCCCACGCAAGCGGAAACACACUGUGGUCCGACUUUGCUACUUCCACAUCCGCUUCCCACAUGUGUAGAGUGAGGGUGAUGGAGGGUAACCUAUAGCUGGGCUACUAAAUGCAUACGCCAUUUGCUGUCGUUUCAUGCUGGUACUCAUGAUAACAUCCAAACAAUAUUUCAUCAAUAUUUGAAGGAAGCGCUGAUUCUGUUAUUCCUCAGAAGCUGACAGACGCAUGAGCUGGAAAUGCAGUGUUGCCAAAGGUGGAAAUUGUGAGAGAUUGCUGCCAACCUAUAAGGUGAGAGACUAAGACUCAAAAUUUUAAGGGAUCCAACUGUUCCGCUACAGAGGAGGUCAGGAAGCGAGCUUUACCAGGCAGCCUGAGGAGAGGACAGAACGCAAAAGAAGCAUCAAGUUUUAAUGAACAGCACUAAAAAAAAAAAAAGCAUGGACAUUAAAGCAACUGAGGUUACAUGGAAAUUCUGUUCGCUCCAUUUCAGCGUUUAAUUUUUAAUGUCAAAUGACAAUCAUUACAGGUCGAGGCAAGUUUGUUUUUGUUUUUUGUUUUUGUUUUUUUUGUUUUGUUUUUUUACAGAAUUGAGUGAUACGUUCCACAUUCCUUCCCAUACCUUGGACUAAAUGGCUGUCAUUGUUGGACUACAGCUUUAAAAGUCUCAGCCACACACUCUUAAGUGUAACACAUCCUGUUUAUGUUAAAGAAUUUUUUGUAAUAAAACAUUUUUUUAGUGGAAAGAGACCAUUAUAGGAGAGAGAGCCAUGCAGGAGGAGCAUUCCAGUAUUUAAUUCUAUGUUUGGAGUCUAAAAGGGAAAAUAUUUGAAUAUAGAACAGCACAUGUAAUAUGUAAUUGUGUUCUGAAUUUCAAAUCUGCAAAAUCGAGGCGUAGCCCACUAAUUUAUAAACCAAAAAAGUUUCAAUUCUUAAUGAUUCUUUAGUUUUCUUUAGUAUUUUUUCCAUUCAGUUUGCUUUGCUUUUGUUUUUAGGGUUUUUUUUUUUUUUUUUGGAUGAAAUGGAUUUGUGUCUACAAUUAGGUAAAGAAUUUAAUAUUUUUAUUAUAUAAUUAUUAUUAUUAUUAUGUACUAUUUCAGCUAUAUUUAUUUUUUUUUCCAGAAUGAUGAAAUUAGGUCAUUGUGAUUUAAGUGUCAAAAUUACUCGAUAAGUCUGACUUGUCGGGUAAUUCUGUUUUAAUGACUAUUUUUCUUUUAACACACUUUUGAGCUAUCAAUAAGUACUCGAACAGGCUCACAUGAUUUGCUAAUUACUUGUAUUUGGCAAUUACAUAGCCUUAGUGCCUAAUGUAAGGUUUUAGGAUCUCUCGAUCCUAAAUGUGCAGCAACUGCAUUUCCCCACAAAAGUAAGUAAAUAAAUAAAUAAAUGGAUAUAUUUACAGUGCUUGCGAGGUGAGCACUGUAUUGUUAUUUAAUUUAAAUCUUGCAGAAUUAAUUGUAUAAAUACUUUAAUUUUUUACUCAACGGUAAGUUGGACUGAAUUAUAAGCAUAAAUAGAUAGACGUUCUCUCGAGCAUUGAUUGUACAGUACAAUUUACAAGAAUGAUAUGAUUCAAGUGUGUUUUCCGUUAUUAAUAUUACGAUGUCAAAUAUUACUGCUAUUAUCCUUGAUAUUUUGAUGUAACACUUACUACUAAUAUGGAUAUUGUUUCUGUGCUGGUUUGUUUUCUAUUAGAGGUUUUUUCAAUCUAACACAGUGGUAUUUCAAGUGUACAAACUGAACUUUUGAGAACUUAACUGGGCUACAUAUUUCAGGAAAUUGUUCUGCUUGGAAAAAAAUAAAUAAUUCGGUAUUUUACACCAAACCCAUUACCAGAAGCCAUACACUUGUACUUAAGCCAGUCACUCUUUUAAAGAAUGUGAAUUUACAUCAAGUUACAUAUCUUUGCCCUCUUGUUUCUAUAUGAAAGCAUGCUAAUAUGAUUGGUGCAUCUGUGCACACCAGCUAAUACAUUUCGCACUUGGUUGUCAGUGCAUCUAUUUGUAUGCUGCUUUUACGUUUCUGCAGAUAGUGUUUGCUCUUGAGGAAAAACAAGAGUUUUUAGUCUGUGCGCACAAAGACUCAAGGCCUACAGGUGCAGUGCCUUGUUAGUAGAUCAUUUCCCAUCUCCAGCACCCCAAUAUAUGCACACACACACACACACACACACACACACACACACACACACACACACACACACACACACACACACACACACACACACACACACACACACACACACCCCCCAAUCCUCUUUGGCGUUCUGUCACUAUACAUUUUAUUUCAGUACAAGGCCAUAUUCAGAGUUGAGUUAGUGAGAUGAGGAGUUAAUACAGAAAUUGAGCACAGUGACAUCCAGACUUCAGAAUCAUCUAAUUAUCAAGUGCUAUCAGAAUUUGCAGGACGGAGGAAUUUGCAGUUCUUUUUCCCUGGGGGAAAUUCAGGCACCCAAAUAUGGGAUGUAGAUUUA